AAAAAGGUUGUGCUGUUGGACUUCGGAGUCUCGCGUUCCAGUCCGAACCGACUGCGUCGCCAUGCGCGAGCUCGGAUUUUGGCAUUGUGCAGAAGCAGCGCAGAGAGGAGUGGAAUGGGUCGGCGCAGCGCUGAGCUUUCGACGAAUAUAUUCUCCUCUCGCCUUUGCCGCGUCUUCGCCUUGCUUUUUCCAGAUUCCUUUCUUCCUUCCACCCUCCCAUUAUCUAUCGAUCCACCCGUGGCCGAUUUCCACUGCGCCCAGCCAAAUUUACUCUUCUGCAACGAGGAUAACAAUCGGGCGGAGGAGGAAGACAAAGAGUAGAAUUUUAUUUCCUCCUCCAAAAAAUUUCGUUUUUGACGAUUUGGCUUAAAAAGUCUGUUCCUUGUGUUCAUCGGCAUGCGGAAGAGGAGUGGCGGAGCGGCGCUGCACAACCACCGGCGGGUGAUGAAGGAGAAGGCGAAGAACCGAGUGGACGACCUCCAAGGGAUGUUCGGCGAUCUGCAGUCUGCUCGCAAGGAGGGCCGCGUAUCCGACGCUGCUGUUCUGGAGGAGCAGCUCCACCAGUUGCUCCGCGAGUGGAAAGCCGAGCUCAGCGAGCCCUCUCCCGCUGUUUCCUCCUCCUCGUCCUUUCUCAAGGGAAGUAGCCACGGGCCUUCUGAUCUGUCCUCUUACAUCCGCCGCAUGUUGCAGCUGAACGAGGAGGACGACGAUGCCACGAGCAAGUUGGCUAGAUUGCCGCUCAAGGAUGAGCCGCUGGAGGUGCCCGGCGACGACACAGGAUGCCUUAAAACUGCCGGCGCCUGUGCUGCUUUCCAGGAGGAAUAUUUCGAGACAAAGGAAGUGCCUGAUUAUGGAUUUCUAGGGGCUCAUCAAAAUGCUGCCUUGCAUUACCUGGAUGGAGCCAAUAAUGUGGAACUUCAUCGUUACGAUCUGCAUGAAGAUCUACCACAAGGUUUAUUUCUCGGCCUCAAUGCUGGCAACUUCGACAUGGUGGAACUCACGCCACUUUUAUCAGAAUUCAUCCCCGCAAUAUGCCCUCCACCUUCAGCUUUCCUAAGGCCAAAAUGUGCACUCUGGGACUGCCCUAGGCCUGCUAGGGGAUCUGAGUGGUAUGAAGAUUACUGUAGUAGCUUUCAUGCUACUUUAGCACUCAAUGAAGGACCACCCGGUAUGACUCCAGUGCUGCGCCCUGGCGGUAUCGACCUGAAGGAUGGCCCUCUUUUUGCAGCUCUUAUUGCAAAAACACAAGGAAAAAAUGUUGGCAUCCCUGAAUGUGAAGGGGCAGCAACUAACAAAUCUCCAUGGAAUGCACCUGAGCUCUUCGAUCUUUUAGUCCUAAAUGGCGAAUCGCUUCGAGAAUGGCUCUUUUUUGAUAAACCUCGAAGGGCAUUCGAGAGUGGGAACAGAAAGCAACGAUCAUUGCCUGAUUACAGCGGGCGCGGUUGGCACGAAUCAAGGAAACAAGUAAUGAAGGAAUUUGGAGGUCUUAAGAGGUCCUACUACAUGGACCCUCAGCCACUGAGCCACUACGAGUGGCAUCUCUACGAGUACGAGAUCAACAACUGCAAUGCAUGUGCCUUGUAUAGGCUAGAACUCAAGCUUGUGGAUUCGAAGAAGACUGCAAAAGGGAAAGUGACAAGCGAUUCACUUGUCGAUCUGCAGCAGCAGAUGGGGAGGCUGAAUGCUGAAAACCCAACGGAUAAUAACAAACGAUAUGCCAAAGGCAGGCUGAAAGUCCAAUACAAGGAUUCUGCGGAAAGCAUUUAUUCAGCUGCAGAUUUCCUCAACCAAAUCGAAAAUGGUCAACAUCUUUUUUCCUCUUUGGAUCAGAAAACUCCUAUUUGUGCAGGGAUUGGCUUUGAGCAAGAUAUCAAAUCAUCUGUUGAUAACCUGAGUGGCUUUUAUGGAACAUAACAUAAGAGUCACAAACACAACCAAAUAUAGUUCUUACUUAGCAUUCACCUUAUCGACUUUAAAUCAAGGACUGUAAUCACUGAGUUCAGUUUCUAUUUGUACAGUCAUUCAGUUACCACUAUUUGCUGCAAUAUCGAAAAACAAAUGCAUCGAGGAGGAUGAUUUUGUAGUAUGCUUUAUGCUGAUUAUGUAUAAAGGGUGACUUGUGUAAAGAUACUGAAACUUGAUGCCUAAUAUUAACUCCUGUAACCUACCAAGCAGGUCUUAUUUUCCUA